AUGCAUGCGGAGGGGGCCCUCAACGGCCUGAUAGGGAAGUAUCCCGCCAAGGCACACGCGUUACGCGUAGCUCAGUACAUCCAUGCUAAGAUGCCUUACACAAACGGUUUUCUUUUUCUUACGGGGGCCCGAGAGGAAUUCUACGAUGAUACAGACCUAGCGAUUCCGUACCGACAGCUGAGGCCCUUCAUGUACUUGACUGGUAUUACCACUCCCAACUGCCAUCUGAUCUACGACAUCAGAAAGGCUCAUUUGACGCUCUUUGUCCCACACAUCGACCCCGAAGAGAUCAUCUGGUCUGGAUGGCCCCUAUCGAACGAGGAAAUCCUUGGCAAGUACGAUGCUGACUCUGUGUUGUCCAACACAGAACUCCAAUCAUCAAUAGGCUUCAUCGGAAGCCAAGCAUGCCAGCACGGGGCUGUAAUGUUCACCCAUCGGCGACCACCAGAGGCCUGGUGA